UCUGAGUCACACGCUGAGUAAGAGAGGGGUGGUGGUAGCUCUUAUUUGUCUAGUGGACGGUUAUCUCUGAGCAGGACCUUGAUCGGAUAAAUAUCCCGCAGCAGUCAACAGCAACUCACAAUCUCGAGGGACCAGACAGAUUGCAGGUCCAAUAUGGCCUCGUUCAUGCAUGCGUCUGUCUCCAUCCUGCUGCUGUCCACAUUAACCUCAGCGCAGAUGAGAGGGGACUAUUCACCAACGCAAGACAUUUGUAACCCAAACGAUGGGUUUGGGAUAUACUGCCCAACCACAUGUGGAGUUGCUGAUUACCUACAGAGGUACGUGCCUGAUAUGGACAGAGAGCUGGAUCAAAUGGAGCAGGAUUUGGAGGCUAUCGCCAACAUUACAAGAGGAGCGCAGGACAAAGUGGUCUACCUAAAGGACUCAGAAACACAAGCACAAAAACAAGCACCAGAUACAUACAUCAAAAAAUCUACAAGCAUGCUCGAUGAUAUACUACGAUUUGAGAAGAGCAUUCUCGCUCAGGAAGAUCAAAUAUAUCAGCUGCAGUCAAUCCUACAGGCUAACGAGAAAAGAAUAACCGAUUUAAAGCAGAUGUCCCAGCAGCUGGACCAGAUGUGCAAAGAGCCCUGCAAAGACACUGUGGAGAUUCAGACAGUCACAGGCAAAGAUUGUCAGGACAUUGCAAACAAAGGUGCUAAGGUCAGUGGGCUUUACUACGUGAAACCAGCCAGGGCUCCAGAGGCGUUCUUGGUCUACUGUGAGAUAGACAGCUUUGGACGUGGAUGGACUGUCCUUCAGAGGAGACGGGAUGGCAGCGUCGACUUCAACAAAAACUGGAUUCAGUAUAAGGAAGGCUUUGGGUAUCUCUCACCAGACGACAGAACAGAGUUCUGGCUGGGGAAUGAGAAGAUGCAUCUGCUGUCUGUUCAGUCCAGCGUGCCUUAUGUGCUGAGGAUAGAGAUGGUCGAUUGGGAAGGCAACAAAAAGUAUGCCGACUACGCCACUUUCAAAGUCGGACCGGAAGUCGAUGCAUACCGCUUGACGUAUGCGUAUUACUUUGGUGGAGAUGCUGGCGAUGCCUUUGAUGGGCACGACUUUGGCGAUGAUCCCAGUGACAAAUUCUACACGUCUCACAAUGGCAUGCAGUUCAGUACACCUGACAAAGACAACGACAAGUUCCAUGAAAACUGUGCCUUGCAGGAAGGCACCGGCUGGUGGAUGAACCGCUGCCAUGCCGCUCAUCUCAACGGAAAAUACUACCAGGGUGGCAAGUACACAGAGAAGGACUCGCAGAAUGGAUAUGACAAUGGCAUUAUUUGGGCCACGUGGCAAAGUCGCUGGUAUUCUCUGAAGGAGACCACCAUGAAGAUCAUUCCCAUCAACAGAAUCGUUGCUGGAGGCCAGGAAAGUGGUUCUCUGAGCUAUCGUUUUGUUUUUGUGAAACACAUGAGCAAGGCAUUUUCACGAGUGUAAACAUCCAUCUGUCUGUUUCUGGCGUUUUCCAUUCUAGACAUAUUAAUUUUGAAAAAGCUUCAUACACAAGUCACACUUUGGUCAUUUUUUACAACUUGAUCAACUCAUUUAAACAGCAGCAGCUGGUCUAACACAUCGCACUCUCAACGAAUGAAUAAAAUUCUCUGUCUUUUGUAAAUGAAAAGUGUUCUGUAGUCCUCUUUACUUAAAUAUGUGAGAAAUAACAACGUAGGUAAGGUUAAAAUUACAAUUAAAAUUAAGGUUAAAAAAAAAAACAGAUGGAACAUUCAUUAAAAAAAUGGGUAAUGCUUCGUUUUAAUGUGUCCUUGUUACACAAGUUACAUUUAAUUACUAUAGUAAUAAGAGUAAAUUAUGCAUAA